AUGAUGAAAAUACUUUUAAUUGGUUGUGGGUUAACUUCUACAAUAACUGCUUAUUUAUUACGUACUCGUAUUCCAAACAUUCAUAUAACAGUAUGGGAUAAGGCCAGAGGUCCAGGAGGCCGCACUUCAGUUCGCCGUGGACCUAACGGGACAUUUGUUGACCUAGGAGCUCAAUUCAUUACUACGGAUUCGUCUGCAUUAACAAAAUAUUCAGAUAUUUACAAAAACUUAAUUAUUUCAAAAGUGUUGGAGCCUAUGAAAUGCAGAAUUGAAGGAUUAUCAGAGUCACAUGGAAAGCAACAUUUUAUAGCACCUAAUGGUACCAAUACAUUAGUUAAAUAUUUUUUGAAUAAUGCUAAUGUAGAUUGCACUAUGUUUGAAAAAAGAGUUUCUACCAUAACACCUAAUGGUAAGGUGACAUGUAUUUGUGGAACUGAAGAAUUUUUUGAUGUUGUUAUUAUAACUACACCAGCACCUCAAAUUCUUCAAUUAGAUUGUCCAAUACCUCUAAUAAUUCGUAAUGAACUUGAAAAAGUUACCUAUAGUACACGUUUCACGUUUAAUAUGUUUUAUAAGAGACCAAUAUUAGAAGAAGAGUGGGAUGUUAAAUUCAUGAAUGACGAUACAUUCAGAUAUGUUUCUAUUGAAAACAGAAAACGACAACAAUAUUAUGAAGCGGAUUGUGUGACUUUUCAUUCAACCAAAGAAUUUGGAAAGAGAUAUAUUGAAGAAACAAAAGAUAGUAUGUUUCCAAUUUUGAGUGAUAAAGUAAAUAAAUUGUUUCCUAAUUGGCCUACACCUGAAACCAGCAAUGUUCAUAAAUGGUUAUAUUCACAAGUUACCACACCUUAUACUAAUAGUCCUGGUUGUAUUUUGUUGAAUGAAUCCAUUCCAAUAUUAGCGGGUGGUGAUUGUUUCACUCGGUCUACAUUUAAUGGUUGUAUAGAAUCAGCACAGAAAAUUUGUGAGAUGGUAGAAAAAUUAAAGAUAUAA